AUGACCGGUGGCACUUCUCCGACCGUUUCCAUUCCUUUUGCUGGUAAGAAAGCCUUUCCUGAGGUCACCACCGAAUACGGUGUCCGAAGACACGACGCUACUACGAGCAUAUUUACGGGCCGGCGUAACAACUCGUUUGAUUCUACCGAGGCGGGAGCGUCUACUACUUCUAGUAGCGACUCGUCAAGGGAAGAUUCAUCUGAUGUUAUCAAUGGUCAUUACGUUAAUAAAGAAGAUACUCUUAUAAUUUUCGACUGGGAUGAUACCAUUUUCCCAACCCGUUACCUCACCGUUCAAUGGGGUCUCCGAGUAGACGGCCCAAGCCCGCCGCCAGCGUUAAUGGCGGCAUUAAACGACUACGCUGUCCUCGUUAAAGACACUCUGCUGACAGCCUUGGAAUUCGGCACAGUGAUAAUAGUUACCAACGCCGAGGCCGGUUGGAUUCCCCUCACUUGUGCUAAGUUCCUCCCAUCCCUACUGCCCACGUUGAACAACAUCCACCACAUCUCAGCUCGGACCACUUACGAGCCUCAGGGCUUUGCAUCGGCUUUUGAAUGGAAAGACCAGUCGUUCAAACAAGCAAUCUCUGAGCAUUUCUCGAGCUCACCCGUAACUGGUCGUCGUCGCUGCGUAAUCUCACUGGGCGACUCAGCCCACGAGCGUCUGGCUGUGAUAAACGCGUGUCAUGUCCUUAAUGAGCUGGCAGCAUUAAAAGGGUGCGGUAAGAGUAGUCAACUGCUCUGUAAGAGUCUCAAGUUCAUGGAGAAGCCCGAUUUGGAGCAUCUCAAGAAAGUACGCGGUCUGGUGACCUUCUCACGGAACAAUAUCUCAUCCAAGGCUGUCUCCAACAAGUUGUCAGAUACGACCAAGAUCUGGACUUGUGCAUUCAACCUCAGAGUUGUAGCAACGACCAUCAAUGGCCGUUCCACGAUCAAGGUGGAAAAGAAGACCGUUGCAUACUAUAUGCGGAAUCUCUCUUGA